GGGCACAGCUGCCGGGGCUGCUCCUCCCACGCUCCCUGCUCCCCUUACCCUCGCUACUGUUGUCCUUGGAGGCGACUCCUAGCGACCCCCGAGCUCCCCCUCGCCCUGCACUGCCCCUACUCCGUCCCUUUCCCCGCCGGCGGCCGGUCGUUUCUCGUGCCCUCCGGCCCACAGAGAGCCUUGGUCAUGGGCAUCCGAGGGAUGCUGCGAGCCGCCGUGCUCCUGCUGCUCAUCAGGACCUGGCUCUCAGAGGGCAACGACGCCAGUCCCAUCCCGAAAUUCCACUUCGAGGUCUCCUCUCCCGUGCCCGAAGUCGUCCAGAACGUCUUCAACUGCAAAAAUUGUGCAAAUGGAGCUGUGGUUCACAAGAUUUUGGACAGGGUGCUGUCGCGAUAUGAUGCCCGUCUGAGACCAAAUUUUGGAGGUGCCCCUGUGCCAGUGGGAGUAUCUAUGUAUAUCUCCAGUAUUGAAAAGAUCUCAGAAACGACUAUGGACUACACGAUCACAAUGUUUUUUCAUCAGACCUGGAAAGACCCACGUUUAGCAUACUAUGAGACCAACCUGAACCUGACUCUGGACUAUCGCAUGCUUGAGAAGUUGUGGGUCCCCGACUGCUACUUUCUAAAUAGCAAGGAUGGUUUCGUGCAUGAUGUGACUGUGGAAAAUCGCAUGUUUCAGCUUCAGCCAGAUGGAACGGUGCGGUAUGGCAUCCGACUCACCACCACAGCAGCUUGUUCUAUGAAUCUGGACAGUUUCCCUAUGGACAAGCAGACUUGCAAGCUGGAGGUGGAGAGCUAUGGCUACACGGUGGAUGACAUCGUAUUAUACUGGGAAGGCAAUGGGAGUGCCAUCCAGGGCACUGACAAGCUGCACAUCCCUCAGUUCAGCUUGCUGGGAAAGACGUUGACUAGCAAACAGGUGCCUUUGUACACAGGUUCCUAUGAGCGCCUGAUCCUGAAGUUCCUGGUCCAGAGGGAAAUUAUCAGCUACCUUGUGCAGGUCUAUUGGCCUACUGUCCUCACCACUUCCACCUCUUGGAUAUCAUUUUGGAUGAACCAUGAAUUCUCUGUUGCCAGGGUGACAGUCGGUCUGACUUCAAUGCUCAUCCUGAACACCAUCAACUCACAUCUGCAGGAAAAACUCCCCCAUCUUUCCUGUAUCAAGGCCAUUGACAUCUAUAUGGUUGUAUGCUUCUUCUUCGUGUUCCUGUCCUUGCUGGAAUAUGUCUGCAUCAACUAUCUUUUCUACAACCGAAGAGGAGCCCAGCGCCUUUACAGGCAACGCAGGAGAGCCCGAAGAAUCAUGGCCCGCUAUCGUUACCGGGAAUUGGUACACCAGAUUGACCGGGUUAACGUCGAACAUGAAAGUGGCUCUCCUCCCUCCAGACCAGCGCGGGCCCGCCUGGCGAGCUCAGAAAGCCUCGGGUCUUUGAUCACCGUCUCAAAGCAGGCCCCACUGGCCACCUCAGAAAGCCUCAGCUCACUGUCUACCCUCUCGGACCAGUCCUGCCUGCCCAGUGAAGAAGGACUCAAUGACCUCUCGUCCACCUCACGGAAUAUCGUGCACAACUAUGACAUUAACUUUAAUGAUUUCGAUAGCGAUGAUGGCGUUACUACUGCUGAAAUCCACCAUAGUGCCGAGGACCAGGGCUGUGCUGAGACCCGUGACCCAGAAGACACUGAAGAGAGCGCCAGCGUGGAUGACAACCAUGACCAUGGCCCCAGAGGGAGGCAUCCUUUCGUCCGUGGCCAGAAGCACGUGCAAGAAGCAAGCUGUGUCCCUCCAAGCCUUGAUGAGUUCUUUAGAGUUCCUAAGAACCAAGUUCAGCGCAACCACCCUGUGCUAGAGGAGGAAGUCCAGCGCGAUAUUGACACUCCCUGCAGCCAUGAUGAUGACAACGACACUAUCUGCAGCCGGGAUGAUGAUGACGCUACCUGCAGCUGUGACGGUGAUGACGACACUAUCUGCAGCAAUGAUGGUGACAGUUUCGUGGGCUUCGAUCAAGACAAGGACAGCGACUCAGAAUCUGACGACAGUUGUCCCCCGAGCCCUGGGUACUCCUGUGGUAAAAAGUUUUCCCAGAAGCUCUUUGACCCUGAUUACGUCCCUAAGCUUGAUAAGUGGUCCCGGGUCCUCUUUCCUCUGGCCUUUGUGGUGUUCAACAUCGUUUACUGGGUGUACCAUACCAGUUAGGCCCGUAUUGCCCCAGAGUAGCCGGCACGCUGUGCGGUGCUCCUUUCACAGUUCCUUUUGUUUUUAUUUUGCCUUCUUUUCUUUGUUCAUGUUAGUUUUGGGUCUUUGGGCAGUCGAAUCAGUUCUACCCUUUUCUUUGGAAACUCCAGGUGGGGAGUAGUUGGAAAGGAUGUGUUCUGGCUCGAAGGAAAAGGAUUGAGGAGGAGUUGGAGGUAAAUAGCUCAUUGAUUUUCCUUUUCUGCUAGAAGACAACACCUUUUCAAAAACUUCUCACAGCUAAUAAGCACAGAAAAGCCCCUGGAAAUGUUGAGAGGAUCUAGAGGAACCAGGAUGAGGGACAAAGGAAGGAGCCGAGCCCUGCACACAAGCAUUUCUGGGGAGUUUUCUGUCCCCCUGAGGUGUUGAAUUUUCCUUUUCAUUGCUUUUUUUUUCUUCUGUUUUUUUCCUCCUAGGGAUUAUGGUCCUUGCUCACCUGCAAGGUCAGACUUGGAAGUGCAGGGGACUGACCCUAGGGAACUUGAGGAAUUUUGAAAGUGCCUUUUCCCCCACUAUUUGUUCUGUUGUAUUUUGAGUGUGGUAUUGUGGCCCACUCAAGGGUUGGGCAUGGAAUGUAGGUGGGUGGUUAGGGGUGCUGAGUGAGACGUCAGGGCAAGUGAGAGAGCAGGUUUCCAACAGGAGCUUGCGGGGGUGGGGGUGAGUGGUGUCAGGUUGGAGAUUAUCCGAGUUGAGCUAGCAUUUUUGGAGGGAUUGGAACUUCUCUUGUAUAUAUUUCUGCUUCCCAAUGCUUGACCAUAGGGACUCAGUGCAUCUGUCUGAGUCAGAUGCUGAGUUGACUAGUCACAGAGCAAGCACUUGGUGAACGAAGACUACCAUCUGAUUUAGAAUAGCAGAUGAACAACUGUUGUAAAUCUGUAUACUAAUCCUUUCUAUUUGUCUAGUGCAUAGUGUCAACUAGGUCACCGACCCAUCACAUCGUCAAACCCUCACAGGAGCUCUGUGAACCAUGGAAGGCAAAGCACAUUGUCCCCAUUGUUCUGAGGGGAAAACAGUGGAGCUUGAGGACAUGCAGCAGUGAGUAGUAGAGCCACCCCACUUGCUCUUCCUUCUUCUUGUCCUCUUAACUGUCAACUGAGAUGCUCGCCUUUCACCUCUCCCCUUUACAAAACGGGGUGCUCCAUCAGGUUCUGCUUAUCUACCAGGCACCAGACCUCAUUCUAAAGCACCAGGAGCAUGUCUGCAGAUGGAGGCUGGUGAGUGACCAGUGUGAACCGAACAGAUGCAACAUGGGCACUGCCCAGCCAGUGAGGCUCCGAAGGGAAGUAGAAAGGAGCUUGUGCUCCAACUUGCCAAGCAGUUCCACGUCACUGAUGCAGGCGAUGGGAGAACAAGACUUGCCAAGCACUCAGCCUAUAUGCCUCCACCCUCCCGAGGCAGCCUCCCCUACAGCCCCUCAGCCACCUACCCUUUAACUGUGUUUCCACAUGUGUGUUUCUGUGUAUACUUGGGUGUGUGUGUUCAUCAAGGUAGUUCUCUGUGCACACACAACUAUUUGAGAAGCUGGAUGUUUAUUGGUGUAAAUCUAUAUUGGUGUGUAUAAGUGUACAUGUAACAACGUGUGGAUGCAUAUAUGUAUGUGUGCACCCCUUGUGACUUAUGUGUGUGCACACAUAGGUGUAUUCUGUAUAUGCGUAUAAGUGCAUACCUAUGUUUAUUUCCCUGAUUUGAAUGGGUGUGAAAGGAGAUACACCUGAAAGCAUAUGUAUUCCCUGUUGGUGGCUCUUGUAGAACCACCAGAAUACCCUUGACCUGUUUCCACGUAAGGGGACCCCCAUUUGGCCAGCUUGAUUAACUGACUGUUUCUUUCCAAUUCCUGUUUCAGGGAGCAGCAUCUCCCGGUCCCUAUCCACUCUUCUUUUCCUCUCUACCCAUCUGUGCCAUCUCCUGGAUAAAAGACACAGAAAAAGUGAAUGUAGUCCUAGAGACCUAGGAAGUGAUGAUUUAGUGCCUUGAAGUAGGAAGUUCUCAACUGUGGGAUAGGCUAGGCCUGCAGAGCAUUUUGCUUUGUCCUGGAAGGACAUGUUUGGGAUGCCUCGAAGAUGCAUUGAGAACAGAAACGUAAUACAGAGAGCUAAAGAACUGGAGACAUGGUUGUAUGUAGCCUUUAUAACUUAUCCCUUUAUUCCAGUCACCUUGUAAGCCUGGCCUUGGAGGCAGCCCCAAGCAGGUAGGUGAUGGGAGGAAAUGGCCCAGGGAAUCGGCUGCUAGCAGCUGGAUACAGCGAACCAAAGGUGCCUGGGAGGUGGCUGCAGGCAUGGACCGUGGUGGUGGGCCCGAUCAGGGGCAGGGGCAACUUAGUAGCCAUCCUGGGAUGGUUGUGCGCUGAACUUCAGCCUUGGAGCUGGAACUCCCUCUUUCCACCCCCUCCAGGGAAAGAGAUAGUCAGAGGGGUAAGAGGGCUGGUGAAGAAGAGAAGUGCAAAGGAGCCCUAGGGACUGACUGCCUGGAUCAGCCCAGCUUGCCAUCUCUCCUCUUCUUUUCUAUACACGUAGUAUAUAAAUAUAGCCUUCUACACAUACACACCCACGGAGACCUUGGGUACAUGGAUACACAUUGGGCUCUCUCAGCAGUAUAUAUGUUCACAAGCACAACCAUGUGCAUUUAUUGUCAUAUUUGCACACACAUGCACACACACACACAAAUUUGUAAGACAGGUAGAAACAAGAAAGUUGCCUCUGGAAUGUCUAAGAUUGCCUCUUUCUAGGUGGACACCCUUUCACAGAGAGAUCCAGAUUGGGGGAAGAGCAAUAACCCCACAUCUAAAGCUCCCUUCAGGGCUAUGGAAAGGCUUCAACAUUGGUUGGUUGAUUUGGAUUGGGGUUUCCAGGACCCUGGAGAGCCUUUGAGCCCUGUGGGAGGCAAUCAGUUCAUUUGGGGUGAGGUCAUACAGACAGACUGGAGCAGUGAGGAAGGGCAAAGAGGCCAAUUGUAAAUAUAUCUAUAGAUCCAUGUAGCUAGAAAUAACAUUAUACCUUAAAAAGGUAUAAUUGCCCUAUUGUGCUGCAAUGAGAGCAGUUGAACUCGACUGCGACUCACACUAUGUGAGGUUGUGUCAAGGUGAGGCGGAGGUUUGGCAAUGACACCUUUUCAGAAACUUGAACCUUCUGAGUUUGCCAUGGACUUGGUCAUGUGAGUCUGAAAAUUGCCAGAUCUCCCCUUGUCAUGUUCUAUGUGUGUUUUGUAAUCAGCAUCGUCAUUGAGCACCAUCCUCAGCUGUCCCCAGCCUUGCAGGCACACUUUCCUCCAACUGGCUGCCUACAUCCCCUCCCACUCCUCAUCUCACACCAAGUCACUCUGGAAGUACAGAGAGCAUCUCACAGGGAACUUCUGGGGUUCAGGCCAUGGAGCCUUUCUCAACCCCAGCCAAUCAGAGAAUGCUUGGGAUAGAUAACUUGGAGCUUGGGCAAUGGGAAGGAGCCUGCCAAGUCUGGGACGGAGCCACCCCCACUUGACUCCUCUACACCCCUUCCCUUUUCCUCACAUGGGCUAUCAUUAACUUUUCCCCUCGAAUCCCCUCUCUGUCACCACCGUGGGAAAGACAUCCUGUGUCUCUCCAAAGUGUCGUUGUGGGGAUGUGUCACACGUUUCCUACCAAGUUCUUGCCCAUUCCACCUGCCACUGUGGGGUGCCUUUGCAGAGAUAACAGACAAUCUGCUGGGUCUUACCAGAGCUUUUCAAAUGUAUUCUUACAAUCCACGUCAUCUUGUUAAUAGCAAGGCUGCAGAGUCUGCAUAUGUAGAGAUGUGUUGCUGAGACUGUGGCCAUUCCUUAUUCUGUACGUAAAAAAGCUAACCCUCUGAGCUAUUAACUAAUGAAUGCAUUUACUAAGCUAUCCACCUGCAUGGUACCCUACUGUGGUGCUGAGUAUCAAAGGAAAUUGUGACUUGUCCUACCAAGUGCGGUUGUGUUUGUUGUAUAGUGUCCUGUGAUCAAUAUGAAAUCUCUAUUACUAGUGUUGGGUUUUCGGGGUAGGGAGGGGGAGGGUGUUACAGUGUCUCCCUCAUAUACUUCAAUUAUGAAAUAGCCCCAGUUGGUCAGGGUCAUCUCUGUUGACUCAACAUCUUGUCAGACUGGCUAUGUUCCCGGGGUCAGCAGUCAUCAGCACAACUGAAGGUGCCGAAGUGUAUUGCCACUAGCCGCCAUGCCAGGGAAUUUUUCAGAAGGCAGCCAAGGCAGAUGAAAGACAGUAAAACCACACACACAUGCAGGUCUUCAGGAGUGGUGCUGGGCCCAGACAGUGGAAACCAAGAAAGGAAAAGGACCAAGACCCACGUGCCCUGGAUGGCCUGACCCAUGAAAGGACACAGAGCAACAGAGACCCCGCCCCCCCAAGACACCUGGUCCCCUCUUUGUCCUUAUUAAAUGUACAUUUUUGAAUGAAAAGGACCUUGAGCGGUUCUGACUUCAAAAAAGGAUAACAUGAAGAAACAAAAACGAUGCUUCUGAAAAGUAUGCUGAAAUAAAGGUUUGUAAAUAGGCCAGAGGAGAAAAUAAAUAUAUAU